AUGGAUUUGGAGUCUUCUUCUUUCAUGGUCACCCAAGAGGAGUUCAAUCUAUUUCAUAGAAUAGACAGAGAAUUGUACAAAAUUCUUGUGAUGAUUCUCUUCCGCGAACCAGGCGAGUGCAUGCAAGUCCAUGGCUUGUGGUUGUGGCUGGAGAAGGUGGGGUUUCGCAACGUGGUGAAGACGAUAUUGGCGUUGCCCAACAUCUUGAUCGAUGAGGUUGCAGAGGAAACUGUUUUGUGUCUGAACUGUCUUAACAACAAUAGCUUCAUAGCACCUUCCUCCUCUUUCGAAAACAGUGAGAUACCCCUUCUCCAGAGUCUUGUGGAUAAGGAAAUAUCACUUCAGUUCCUGUAUGAAAACCGCGUUAGUGCGCUCCAAGGCGUGGCUAAAUUGAUGCAAGAUGUGUGUGUGAGGGCUUUCACUGACAUCAUGCAGCAAGCCAUCAUAAGGAACUCGAAUGAUAAAGUGGUGGAGGCUCAAAAGAUGACGAUUAAAGCAAGUCCAGAUAACCUGAACCAAAAGGCUUUGUGGUUUGGUUCACUUGGACAAUUGAGGAUUGAUGUUCCAGCUGAUGAUAGAACUUUGUUUGUGACCUUCUCCAAAGGAUACCGCGUGGCCGAGUGGGAGGUGAGAGAUUUCUUUACUAUGGCAUAUGGAGAUUGUAUUGAGGCUCUUUACAUGCAGGAGGUGCAGCCAAAUGAGCAAGCGCUGUUUGCUCGCAUUGUUUUUCGCAUCUCUUCCACCAUUGACAUGAUUCUCAGAGGAGCUACCAAGGCCAAAUUCACCAUCAAUGGGAAGCAUGUGUGGGCUCGAAAGUUUGUGCCGAAAAGAAUUGCUGCAAAGAGUACACUGACAACAACGCUUUAG